AUGCACACCCUCAUCUUGAUAGAUUUUCUUCCGGAAAAUGAAAAAAAGCAAUUUGAUCUUAAAUAUUCAACAUUAUUAAAACAACAUCAAUUCAAUAGAAAAUUAUCCAUUCCUUUUUCUGGUAAUUUUUUUAACGUAGCAACUCUUGGCUCAGAAGAGUCUGGUGAAAGUAAUAAUCAUUUUAAUUUACCUUUUGAUAUUAUUAAAAUUGACUCUUUCAUGAUGAUUACAGAUCAAGAAAAUCAACGUAUUCAAAUCUAUGAAAGAAAUUUAUAUUAUUUUACAAUCAAAAUCAAGCACAAUUCAAAGUUUAAGUGUAAACCAAAAAGAAUAGAGUCAUCGGAUGAUGGUGUUUUUGUUUCGUUUGACUUUGAUGAUAAUUCAUUAUUGAUUAAGCUGGACAAAAAGUUACUAUUUGAAAAAAUACAAAAAUCUAUUAAGGAAGGUAUUAACAUUAUUAACAUCAAUUUAGAUGAUACUCUUGAUAAUUUAAUUAUUUGGAAAUCAGAAUAUCAAUCCAAUAUUUUAGCAUUGAAACCAAUUAAUUGCCAAUUAGAAAAAUUUGUAAUUGUUUCCACUCAAGAUAACAUGCAUCUCAUUCAAUCAAAUGAUGGGCAAUUUUUAAGAGAGGCAUUUAGCGAUUCAACAAUUUAUGAUUUAACUUUAUUUAAGGUUGAUGAAAAAAUCAAUUUAUUAGCCUCUGGAAAUAAUUCUGUUUUUAUAUUUGAUCAGUUAUUUGAAGAAGGGUUUGAAAUGAACUCUGAACUGCACUCUAUUAUUUAUCCAAGUUCGUCCUAUGGCUCUUCAUUAAGUAUUAUUGUAAAUGAGGGUUUGAAUGUUAGAAAUAUUUGUUCUAGAGCUUUUUUAAAAUCAGGCAUUGUUCAACCAACAAAGAAAACAACAAAGGAAGUAAUUGCACACAAACAAAUAAUAAUAGCUGAAUCAGCGAGUAGCAAGAUACAUAUGUUUGAUUUAUUCUUAAUGAAACAAACAAAGAAUAGCUUAGAGACAUUCGUAUGGGAUUACGAACUUGUAAAAACGUUUAGAAAAAAGCCAGUACUGAACUACCCUACAAGCCUUUUGAUAGAUGAAUAUGGAAAUUUAUUUGUUGUUGACUCAAAACAACACAGAAUUCAAAUUUUCAGAUAA